ACUAGGAUCUUACCCCAAACCAGGACUGAGGUCUAACCAGGAUGUGAAUCAGGACUAUGGACUGGACCAGGAACUAAACCAGAGACCAGAAAUGGACCAGGAUCCAGAUCAGGAUCUAAACCAGGAUUUCAACCAGAACUAAGGACUGGACCAGGAUCUCAACUGGAAACAGAGACCAAGGACUAAAAUUUGACUGCUAAAUUCCCCCAAAAUGCCUGAUCUGUGAUGGAGGCUGAAGAGAACACUGAAAAUGAGAUCACUCCAGAGGCUUUGGGCUUCCUCUCCGCUGUCGGCAUCUUCAUCAUCGCCCUGGCCCUCCUCUUCCUCUUCAUCAACAAGAAGCUCUGUUUCUCUGAAGUCGGGGGGCUGCCCUGCCUCGAGCCCCGGGGCCAGAGACGCAGACGGAAUCGAACCGGCAACCGCUCCGCACUGGUGAAGACUUUUGGGAACGAGGAGGAUGAUUUUGGCUCGAGUUCAUCCGACAGCGAAGCAGAAAUCCUGAAGCAGUUUGAGAUCUCUGUGUCGCGAUCGCAGAGUUUUAAAAACACUGCAGCGACUAACGCAGCGGCUAAUCUAGGAGCUAACGUGGCAGCUAACUUGGGCGCUACGGUGGGAGCUAAAGUGGGUGCUAACAUCGCUAACUCUGAAUUAGUGCAGUCACAGUCGGUAAAGUCCCUGAACAAAAGACACAGAUUCUCCAGACUGUCCGACCACGAAGAGGCAAGCACCGAGCUCUCCGACAUGGAAGACUCUACUGCUCAGACCCAGGAUCCUCUCUCUGCAGCCGCUGAAGAGACCCAGACCAGGUCUCAGUCCAAGAGGAGCAGAGGGUCCACACAGGAGGACCAAACCAGUCUAAACCCAUCCAACCCGGUCCAGACCGCUCUGAGCCAGUCCAGAUCCAGCCUAAACCGGUCUAACCCAAGUCCAAGUCCAAGUGUGGUCAGACAGGAAGCAGAUGGAAGUGAGGACUUAGAGCCCCAAACCCCAGGAGACAGAGACGAUGACAGCUCCUCCACCUGGAGCCCAGAGCAGGAGCAGCCCCCAGUCCUGGACCUCCCGCUGGACCUGUCGUCGUCUCCUCGUUUACCCGUGUCUAAGUGCGCCGACCUAGUCUUGAGCCUGGACUAUUCCCCAGACCUGGAGCGGGUCUCGAUCUCAGUCCUGGGAGUCCGGGAUCUGCCGGAUAAAACCCGGACCGGGAUGGACUCUUGGCAAAUCCACAUGGUCCUACUGCCUGCCAAGAAACAGAGACACAAGAGCUCUGUGCAGAAAGGAGAUAGUCCAGACUUUAACGAGACUUUUAGGUUUAAUCGUAUUGAGCCCAGUGACCUCCACGUCUCUGCACUGCGCUUCCGGCUCUAUGCUCUAGGGGGCAGAAUGUCCAGGGAGAGGAUGAUGGGAGAAAAGAUCCUUAGGCUGUCAGAGCUGGACCCUCAAGGUGGGACUCUGUCAACCACUCUGCUACUGCAGCCGAGGAGCAAUAUAAAGAGUAUGGGCUCGCAGAUGUCCCUCUCCCCGGACAGCGCCUCCUCUACACAGUCUCUGACACACGGGGGCGCUCCGGAGCUGUUACUGGGCCUGUCGUACAACGCAACCACGGGACGCAUGUCUGUGGAGGUGGUGAAAGGGAGCCAUUUUAGGAACCUCAGCCUCAACAGACCCCCAGACACUUACGCUCGUCUGUCACUGCUAAACUCUGUGGGUCAGGAGAUCUCUCGCUGUAAAACCUCAGUGCGCCGCGGACAACCCAAUCCUGUGUACAAAGAGACAUUUAUGUUCCAGGUGGCGCUCUUCCAGCUGUCGGAUGUGACUUUGCUGGUUUCCGUUUUUAAUCGUCGCAGCAUGAAGAAGCAGAUGGUGGGCUGGAUCGCUCUGGGUCAGAACAGCAGCGGAGAGGAGGAGCAGAGCCACUGGACCGACAUGAGAGAGGCCAAAGGACAACAAGUCUGCAGGUGGCACGCUCUGCUCGAGGGUUAAACCUGAUGCCCUCCCAGACCACCUCCUCGGAGCGUGGAGAGGAGGGGGUGAUGAUGGGCUGGGAGGACAUCUGGGUCAAAACUGCAGUGGAGAGGAGGAGCAGAGCCACUGGACCGACAUGAGAGAGGCUAAUGGACAACAAGUCUGCAACAAGGUGGCACAUGCUGCUCAAAGGAGACACCUGAUGCCCUCCCAGCUGACACCUGACACGCUCUUCUUGAGGGGUAAACCAGAUGCCCUCCCAGCCACACCACAACAUGUUAACUGAAAAGUGGGUAAUAACAAUACUUUAUAAUAACUACACUUAAUUAAAUAGAUUUUUUUUUAGCUUUCUACCAUGUUAUCGUGUUGUUCCCAUCCAUGCAUUUCUGAGUAAUUUAGCGAUCUCUGCUGGGUCCUAUUCAAACCGUCUUUACGGUUAGCUGUAUGAUUCUGUACAAGGCUCCGCCCACAAGCCUACAUCACCCAUGCUCCCACUCGACAAUACAUAAAUAUACAAAAACAUGAUA